AUGGGAGAGAAACGGAGAGAACAUGAACUAGGAAGUCUUGGACGAGCUUCGAGAUAUGAGAACACUGAUAAACAAUUUGCGAAGAGGCAGCAGAGUGAAGCUGGCGGAGGUGAAACUCCUCUAUCUUGGGAAGCCAUAGAAGGGCGCUUGGCCGCCGUGGAAUAUCUUCUUCAAAUGGGUGCUAAUCCUGAAAUACGAAACGAGAGAAAUAAGAAUCCUUUGCAUCAUGCUGCUAUGCAAGAUGAUACUGAUGAUUUUGGCUCGGCGCUACAAUAUGCUGCUGGUGGUGACAAACACGAUACUGUUAAAGUUCUUCUAGAUUAUGGGGCGAAUCCUAAUUUGGUCUUCCAUGAGACAUUUACAUCACUUCAGGCAUCCAUCGAAGGCCUUUUCUUGGCGGCAGGUGCUGAUCCAAAUGGUGGACCAGAUGGAGUAAAAGCUCUGCUACUUGCAGCUAAGGUGGGGGCAACAACAGAAAUCAUCGAGGAAAUGGUUGAAGCUGGUGCUGCCGAUCCAAAAUUUAAAAAUUUAAAUUUCUUAACAAGGGCAACACAAAUCGUCAAGCUACUGGUUGAAGCUGGUGCAGAUCCGAAUGUUACGAAUUCACGCGGACUAAAGCCAGUAGAAAUUGCAGCUGCUAACGGUAAUCGUCGAGGUGUUGAGAUUCUUUUUCCUCUGAUGACUUCAAAAGCAAAGCAACAUUUUCUUGAGGCAAAAUCAAGGGGAACAAAUGCAUUCCAGAGGAAGGAGUAUUGGCUGGCAGUAUAUCGGUAUACUGAGGCCCUCAAUAUCAAAUCUGGUGAUGCAGCUCUACUAUCCAACAGGAGUUUGUGCUAUGUGUGCUUAAACAAAGGAGAUCUCGCUUUUGAAGAUGCUAAUCAAUGCAUGUUGGAAAGACCAGACUGGCCUAAGGCAUUUUAUAGGGCAGGCGGAGCACUCAAACUGCUGAAUAGGCUUGAUGAGGCAGCAGAUGCUUUCUUCAAUGGUUUGAAACUGGAUCCUAAAAACAAAGAGCUUGAAGAUGCAUUCAGGGAGGUGACUUUAGACAAGUUGAAGGCCAUGAAUGUCCCAGUUUAG